GAGACGAGCGCGCGCUCCAGCUGCGUCGCGUUAGAGCAGCGGCGUCCACUGGCUUCCUCCCUCACGAUGAUGACACGCGUGCGGUCCGCGGUCUCCAGCAUCCUCGGCGGCUUCAUGGCCUCUGGCUCCAGCGCGCACGAGCUCCGCCUGGACCCGCCGCUCCGGUUCCCGUACAGCAGACCGGAUUUCCUCGCGCUGUCUCCAGACGAGGUGGAGUGCUCCGCGGAUCACGUCUCCAGACCCAUCCUCAUCCUCAAGGAGAUGAAGCUGCCCUGGGCCGCCGGAUACGCGGAGGUGAUCAAUGCUGGUAAAAGCCCUCUAAACGAGGACCAGGCGUGCUGUGAGGUGAUAGAGCUCAGGAGACGCCCCGCAGACCCGUCCAGCCCCAGCUACACCCCCCUCAGGAGACGCUCCUCGCUGCCCAGCGCAGACCUCCUGGAGCCCAUCCACAGCACAGAGGUGAAGGAGCUGAACUUCCACUACUGGGCUCUGUUUGACGGUCACGGCGGUUCUGGAGCCGCGGUGUUCACAGCCAAGUUCCUCCACCUCCACAUCGAGGAGCAGCUGCAGGAGGUGUUGGAGAUCCUGCAGAACCCGUCCCUCCAGCCGCCCACCUGUCUGGGGGAGGAGAACCCCAUCCAUCACCUCCACCCGUCCGCUGGAUGCCUGUCCCGGGCCGCUUCGCUCAGAGGGGCCACCGGGGCCCUGGGACCCACUUAUACAACACCCCCGCGGUUCUUCAUGGAGAAGAAGAUCAAACAGGAGAGUCUGGUGGUGGGAGCCAUAGAGAACGCCUUCAAGGAGAUGGAUGCUCAUAUCGCUCGAGAGAGGAUGCUUUACUCCAUAUCUGGAGGAUGUACGGCUCUUGUAGUGGUGUAUUUGCUUGGAAAACUGUACGUGGCCAACGCUGGUGACAGCAGGGCUCUGAUCAUCCGCGGAGGAGAGAUCAUUCCCGUGUCCAGCUCCUUCACUCCUGAAUCAGAGCGCCAGAGACUUCAGUUCCUGGCUCACCUGCAGCCGUCGCUGCUGGGAAACGAUUUCACACACUUGGAGUUUCCCAGAAGGGUCACGAAGAAAGAGGUUGGGAAGAGAAUGCUGCACCGAGACUUUACCAUGAACGGAUGGGCUUACAAAACCGUCCAGGAGGAAGAUCUGAAGUUUCCACUCAUAUUCGGAGAGGGGAAAAGGGCGCGUGUUUUGGCCACCAUCGGCAUCACUCGUGGACUCGGAGAUCACGACCUGAAGGUUCACGACUCAGACAUCGCUAUCAAGCCGUUCCUCUCCUGCUCUCCAGAGGUGAAGAUCUAUAAUCUCUCUGAGUAUGCGCACGGCGCCGAUGAUGUCAUGAUCCUGGCUACAGAUGGACUCUGGGACGUGUUGUCCAAUCAGGAAGUGGUAGAGGCGGUUUCUGGUUUCCUUGGAAACUGUGACCCUGAUGACCAGCACAGGUACACAAUGGCAGCUCAAGAUCUGGUGAUGAAAGCCCGAGGUGUCCUGAGGGACCAAGGCUGGAGAAUCGCUGGAGACCGGCUCGGCUCUGGAGACGACAUUUCGGUCUUUAUAAUUCCUCUAAUGCACGGCAAUAGCCAACAGCCUCAGCCUAGCUGACCAAUCAGAAGGCAGGGCGCCAACUGAAUCGGACCGAAUCCGUUUCUAACCCAACAAUCAAAUGCUCAAACGUUGUGCGUUUGAACUCAUUUACAAUAUGAACACUUGCUUUUAAGACUUAGAAGUCGACAACUGCUGACUUUGAAGACCCACGUCAACGUUCCCUACCUCCGUGUGGGUUGGUGGGAUCAGUAUAUAAGUUAUAACUUUGCACAAUGACUAAAUGGAGGGUCCGGUUCUUUGAAGUUCUCCAUGGACAAAUGCGCACCCUCCGCAGUUUGUUUAUCCGCACUCAUCUGGCAGCUAGGCGAAACCAACCGUGUUUUGUUUUUCUUUUCCGGAUAUUAAUUCAUCCUUUGAAUGUUUAGUUUGUGGAUUUGUUUUUUUUGCAUUUCCUGAAAAAAAUCAAAGCAAUUCUGGCUGUUAUUUGUACAUCCUGUUUUCAGUGACUCCAAGUUACUGUAAAUUAAAAAUGAGUAUUGUAUUUGUUUCUCGUGUUCGGUAAAUUUGCAAUGGGUACUAAGCUAAAAAAAUGCCAAUCUGAUCUUCCAUUCAUCACAGUAAGAGUGAUACAUUUUUAAGGAACAAUAAAUCAUGUGUCCGAAGAUG